UUGAUAAACUCUAGCUUGAUAAAUAUUCCAUAGAUAAACUCAACAAAAAACACAGAGAGAAAGUAAAAGCUCAUUUUUGCUAAGAAAAGUGUUCGAAGCAUGUCAGGUGGAUACCCUCACCACCCUCCGGGCUACGGCUACGGCCCUCCACCGGGUCAGUCCUACACAGCCGCUCCAUACACUGCCGGCGCCCCGCCGCCGCCUCAACCCUACGGUGCCCCAUACGCCGCUGCACCAUACGGAGCACCUUCUGCUCCCUACUCUGUGCCUCCAGGGGAGAAGCCACCAAAGGACAAGCUCCAGGCACACGGAGUCGGAGGCGCUCCUCCAGUUCACGGCGGAAGUUAUCCUCCUGCAGGGGGUUACGCUAGCCCAUUCGGGGCUCUGUUGCCGUCGGCGUUUCCACCAGGUACAGAUCCUAACAUUGUGGCUUGCUUUCAAAUGGCUGAUCGAGAUGUAAGUGGGUUUAUUGAUGACAAAGAAUUGCAAGGAGCGCUUUCUUCGUAUAAUCAAAGCUUCAGUUUGAGAACCGUUCGUUUGCUCAUGUAUCUCUUCACCAACACUAACACCAGAAAGAUCGGUCCUAAGGAGUUCACUUCAGUGUUCUAUAGUCUUCAGAAUUGGAGGGCCAUCUUUGAGAAAUUCGACAGGGACAGGAGUGGUAAAAUCGAUGCCAAUGAACUGAGAGAGGCACUCUUGAGUCUAGGAUUUGCAGUCUCCCCGGUUGUUUUGGAUUUGCUUGUAUCCAAAUUUGAUAAAACUGGGGGCAAAAACAAGGCCAUUGAAUAUGACAACUUCAUUGAGUGCUGCCUUACAGUUAAAGGACUAACUGAGAAAUUCAAGGAGAAGGACACCAUGUACAGUGGUAAUGCGACUUUUACGUACGAAGCGUUUAUGCUCACCGUUCUUCCAUUCCUAAUUGCAUAGGUUAAUGGAAAAUAUAAUAAUAGUUUUGGUUUGUCUAUGAUAGCAAUAGUAUAUAAUAAUAAAGCUUGAAAAAGCGUUUGAAUUUGUCUCUUGUAUUUUGGAGUCAAUGCCAAGUUUUUAUGCAGUUUUCACUUGUGAUGUUCUAUUGUUCCAUAGGGCCCAUGUGUUGUUACUUUCUGAAAGUUUUGCUCACGCUUGUCGCGGGCCUUUUACUCCUAUUGGACUUCUUAUUUUCUUAUUGUACUUAAUACGUGUAAGGCCUUUUGCUCAAGGGAGGCCCUUUGUUUUUCUUUA